GAGGCGUCCCAUGCACAGAGCAGUAAACAACGAACAGCGCUUAGUGCCACAUCACGGAAUCUUAUCGCUCUCGUUCGUUCGGUCGACCAAAAGCCAAAAACCCAACCAGACCAAAAACCGACUAGCCCGAGACCAGAAACUCGGACCCCGAGCAAAUACGAAGCUGCCUCGGCUGCAGAACAAACAAGUCAUCUAGUAAGUAGCGUGCUGCAGCAACAACAGAAACAACAGGCAUCCAAAUCGGAGACCAGGUGAACCAGCUUCAAAAAGGAGUCUCGCACGCACACAUCGCUAUCUCCCUCUGACGCAUGAUCUAAGCGGCGCGAGAGCGGAACGACUACAGCCGUAAGAGCGCAAGAAGCUGCUGCGCAGUUAUCGGAAAAGAAGAAGUGGAGAAGGAAAAGGAGGAGAACGGAAAGAGCAGAAACCUAGUUGCAAUUGACUGCAACUAUUGAAAUGGCUGCAAUUGCCGCCUUGCCAACAACAACGUUGCGUCGCAACAACAACAGCAACACCAAAGGGAUUAAAUCCCGUCGCAAUGAGCGUAACAUCCUGACAUUCUACGAAAAGAUUGCCGUGAUCCGUUACUAUGAAGAGACCAACAUCUCGAGGAACAGUUUGGCCAAGAUGUUCCACUGCUGCGCCACCCAAAUACGUAGAAUCUUGGAUAAGAAAAAGGAUCUGCUGCAGCAGUUGGCCACCUUAAGCGAAGCAGAUGCCUCCAUUAUAAUCGAAGAGAUGACGCGCAAGCGCCGCAAGUUUGAAAUGAGUGCCAUUAGCUUCCUUCUACACGAGUGGGUGGAAAGGUGCAUCCAAAUGCACUUGAACAUCAGCAUAAGGAACCAAAAACUGAAGGAAACCGCCAUGCGGAUGGCCGCUGUCUUGAACCUGCCAUCCUUCAGACCAUCUUAUCGAUGGCUAAGCCGAUUCCGGAACAAGUACAAGUAUGAGGCCGAUGAAUUGGGCUACCAGGGCGAGAGUCCCUUGAACGGGGACCUGCCUGUCGAAGACAUCAUUGUGGAGUUUAAGCAUGCACUGCCGAACUUCAUGCAACGGGAGCUGGAUAAUCCAGGCGAAGCAAUCUCAAAAGAAGGUGUUAUGGCAGAUUUUGUCAAUCUCUCCAGCGAAAACAGUAUGAUGUCCGAUCAUCCAGAGGGGGAUGAUGAAGUGGAGCUGGUAACAUGUGAGCCCACCAUGAUGUCCUCACCUUUCAGCACACCAGAUGCUGCAGAAGGGGAAAUACCUCUGCAGGCAAAGGGCGACCAGGAAAACCCGGAUGCUCAAAUAAACGCUGGAACCAGUACCCUUCUGAAUGGGGUUUUUCCGCAUCUAGCCAUUAUCCACCAGUUCGCUCUGAUGAACUCGGAUGUACAGGCAUUGGAACUUAUCUCCCAGCUGGGAGUGCACAUGCAGCAACAGGCUGUUUCUGGAGCAUAUCACAACCUGUCGCUGGCGACUACCGAUGGAGAUGGGCAAGCCGAUCCUGGAGCUAUAGCUCUUUCAGAACUGCCACCGGGAAGUAUUUACGCCGAUAUCGAUGACAUCGAAUUGAUCGAGUAAAAACAUCAAUGUAUAACUAGGUUAAAGCUAGUCUAAAUUUAUGCCACAGUGUAGUCGACUGUUAUAUGUAAUCAACAACUCGUUGAUUUCACCAAAAAAAGUACUGUAGGCCUUCGAUUUUAAUUAAGAUUAAUGCCAUAGCUUCGUCUAUUCUUAGAACAACAACAAUAAGAGAUCUUACUUCAUAACUUAGUUAUGAAUCAAAUUCGAUUUGAUAAAUAAUAAACCAGCACUGCUUAUAAUGAUCAUGUUUAAA